AAGUCGACCUAAUCCUGCUUACAAAUCGUGCAAUUCAACACGGCAACUUCGACAUGAAUUUCGUCCACCUUUUCACACUGUUCGUAUUUUUGGAAUCAGCUUGCAAAUUCGCCGAAAUGCUGAAUAUUACGAAAAAGGGCACAAGCUGCGUAGAAAGAACCCCGUUCUGCUUGGGGCAUUCUGACUGUUGUGGUCAUCGAUGCGUUCCACUCAUUUCCCACACUAUCUCAGCCACAACAGUGUACAACACCCUUGGCUAUGUUGGACUACGGGGUGAGAGUCAAUUUGAUCUCUCCAGCGUGCACGUCUGUUCGACUGAUGUGCACACAGACGACAAAGUGGCGACUGCGGAUGAGUGGGACCUAGAAAAAACGUUGCUCAGGACGACACCGACAGCACCGACGACACCGACAGCACCGACGACACCAACGACGCCCACGACACCGACAGCACCCCCCGAACAUGCACCACCGUUUCCUGGGUGUACACAGUACCCACAGUACCCACAGCACCCUAAUUGGUAUCCGAGAUCACAUAAGCAACAUAAGGUCGCCAUUGAGUUGAAGAAAUUUUCCGAUUUCGUUCCCACCGUUUGUCGCCCAUUUGUAGAAAAUGCCAUGAAAAUAUUUGGCGGAUUUCAGCAUCGAAAUCCUGUGGGGAAGGUGUCAUAUGGCGAUGAUUGUGCAGCUGAUAUGGAAACCUCGGAGUUCGUAUAUUAAAUUGCUAACCAUAAUAUACAUGUGUAUUGUCAAAAGAAGUUAAACUGAAAGAUUAAAUUAGUUCAAUAAAUUGGUAUUGGAUGCGUGUUUGAA